AUGGCACUAAGAAUACAGUUUGGGACGAAUGCAUCAGGAACAUACUUAUUUUUCGAGAUGGUGAAUUUGUUUAUAAUUCAACCAUUCUUAACUAUCAGUACGACCAAGAGAAAGCACAAACGCUUACCUCGUGCGGAUCCCUUCACAAACCCGGAAUACCCGCGCUUGUCAGAAGUAGAAGAAAUUGCAACUUGGUUACAGGAUUCAUGGUAUGCCGGGCUAGCCAGUGCAGAUCCGACAAUCAUUGUUUUAUUUGAUAAUAAUGAUGAUGAUAUUGAUGAAGAGGAUGAUAUAGAGAUUGAUGACAUUGACGGUAUAUUGGGUGAACUGAUCGGAGACAAUAACACAUCUAACAGUGGAAGCACAAAUGAUAAUGGUAUCGACAAUGAUAAUGACAAUAUUGAUGACAUUGACGGUAUAUUGGGUGAACUGAUCGGAGACAAUAACACAUCUAACAGUGAAAGCAUAAAUGAUAAUGGUAUCGACAAUGACAAUGACAAUGUAAUUUUUUUUCUAAGUAUAAGUACUGGUGUGGCUAGUACUGGUGUGACUGGAGUUCAAAGUACUCCAACUAACUCUGCAUAUCUGGGCAAUACGAUGGAACAUAGUGGUCCAACUUCAGAUAAUACUCCCAACUCCAGUUGUCUCUGCUGCAAACAGUGUUGUAAAGUAGACCUAACACAGUACCCGAACGCGUCGAAAGAACGGGGCGGGAACCAUUGGAAGAUGGGCUAG